ACUCUUUUUUUUUUUCACCUUUCCUUUCAAAUAAUCUCACGCCACCACCACCAUCAAAUAAUAAAGCCGAUACAUACUUGGCACGCGUGAGAAUGAAGAUAGAUAUGUCCGUCGUCGGAUUGGUAGUCAGAAACUGAAACUGAGUCGUCUGGUGGCUGGUGGUGUUAGAGGAGGAGAGGUGUGUGGUGGCUGUGGUGUUUUUGGGAGGUUACUGUAGUGCAGAGUGCUGGAUCCUCAUGUUCUGCCUACAGAAGCUAGCCAGGUUGUUAAGGAAAGGCUUUUGAAUUUUGUAAGAUCAUCGUCGACUGUGCUUGCUUUUGCCUAUUAUUUAUCAGGACCAGGUGUUGGAUUAAAGUUGCAUGAGAAGAACUUACACACAGAAAACAAAACAAAACCAAAAUAAAACAAAACGAGCAAUGGCAAACAGUAAAUAUGAGUAUGUGAAGUCAUACGAGGUUGAAGAUGAGGUCAUGCUUCCUAACAUCAUCGUUGUAAGAAUUGAUGGCCAUGAUUUUAGAAGAUUCUCUAAGGUUCAUGAAUUCGAGCUGCCAAAUGAUGAGAAUUGUUUAAAAUUGAUGAAUGAAUGUGCAACUUGCGUUCUACGCGAGUAUCCUGACAUUGUUUUCUCUUAUGGCUCCAGUGAUGAAUACAGUUUUGUUUUCAAGAAGAAAACAAAGUUCUACCAGCGUCGAGCCAGUAAAAUUCUAUCCCUUGUUGUGUCUUUCUUUUCUUCCAUUUAUGUCACCAAAUGGAAAAAACACUUCCCACAAAGAGAGAUGAGAUACCCUCCUUCGUUUCACGGACAAGUUAUACCUUGUGCAUCAAUAGAAGUUCUCCAAGAAUAUCUUGCAUGGAGACAGAGGGACUGCCAUGUUAGUAACUUGUAUAACACUUGUCUUUGGAAGCUGGUUGAAAGUGGGAAGACUGAAAGAGAAGCACAAGAAAUUCUAAAGGGCACUCAGAAGCAAGAGAAGCAUGACCUACUCUAUCUACAGUUUGGUGUCAACUACAAUAACUGCAAUGUAAUGUUUCGUCAAGGAUCUUGUAUUUUUAUGACACAGGAAGAAGAUAUUGUGAAGUAUAGGGAGAACGGUACUCCUGUCAGGAGACUACGGAGAAAGGCAAUAACAGUCCAUUCAGAGAACAUAGCUGGGAGAUGCUUCUGGAAUGGGCACCAAAAUCUUCUUAUCGAGCUAGGUGGUUUUGCUGAAGACAUUGGCAAAGUUAAUCCUGAUUAUAUUAGGUCAUUCCUAUUCAAGAGCAAACUGCUGCAAUCUACUUGGGUUGUAAUUAGAAUUGAUGGGUGCCAUUUUCACAGGUUUUCUGAUGGUCAUGAAUUUGAGAAGCCCAAUGAUGAGCAAGCUCUAAACCUUAUGAAUUCAUGCGCAGUCGCUGUACUAAAAGAGUUUCAAGAUGUUGUGUUUGCUUAUGGUGUCAGUGAUGAGUACAGCUUUGUUUUGAAGAAGGACUCUAAAUUUUACAGCAGACAAGCCAGUGAUAUUGUUUCUGUCAUUGUGUCAUUCUUCUCCUCUAUGUAUGUGAUGAAUUGGAAAUCUUUCUUCCCACAGAAAGACCUGAAGUAUCCUCCCUCUUUUGAUGGAAGGGCUAUAUGCUAUCCAUCAUCUGAGAUUCUUCAAGAUUAUCUGGCUUGGAGACAAGUUGAUUGCCACAUCAACAAUCAGUAUAAUACUUGUUUCUGGGCACUUGUUAAGUCUGGAAAAAGCAAAACUGAUGCUCAAAGUACUUUAAAGGGUACUCAAGUACGAGAGAAAAAUGAAAUACUUGCACAAUUUGGUAUCGACUACAACAAUCUUCCACUCAUUUUUCGUCAGGGUUCCUCUGUUUUUAGAGUAAAGGAGGAUAUUGUGAUACAUGAGAAUGGAGCAUCCGCCAAAAAUCUCAGGACUAAGGUAAUCGUACAAUUUUGUGACAUAAUUGUGGAAAGUUUUUGGAAGGAGCACCCAGACAUCCUUGGUUAGAAGCCCCAGCGACGAGGACAAACAACCAUCCUACUCAUCUCUCAUAGAUAUCUCCUGGAUUGAUUGGUAUAUCAUAUCUUUUUGACAAAAGAUCAUUAACCACUUAGUAUACAUGCAUAUAACUGAUGGAAGAACCUUGUGAAUAUAAGCCAUGAUCAUAUGCGCCGCUAAGGUCCUUUUUCUUUUCAAUGCUUAGAAGUGAAAUAGUAGCGGCCUAUGGCUUUAAUUUCAGCAUGAUUUUAACAAUUGGCAUCAAUUUUUUUUUCUUCUCUGUACCAGAAUUGCUACUUUUGAAUCAAAUAAACAGUUUUAACCUCAAACGGUUUUGGAGA